CAGUGCUCAGGAUGAAGGCCACACUGUUGGAAACAGUGAUGUAAAAAGUGUCAUGGAUGAAGGAGGAGUUACACUAAUAGAGUAUUUUUGGGGUUAUGCCCUGUCAGGAUAAUGGUAAAGGAAAGCAAUGGCAGAAUAUAUUCACCACCUCUGCAGAACUUGCUUGUGUCACCUGAAACCUUUUAUUUGUCUUACUAACCCUUAUUCUGAGUAAACAUUACAUCUUGCCAGAAUCUUUAAACUGAGGUCAGCACCAUGUCCAUAGAACAACUCCAGGGAAGUUUGGAACCUCAGCAAGCAGACUAUGAUGACUGGUACAUAGAUGAACCCCAGGAACCAACUGUGAACCCUGAUGACAUUAUUCCAGAAUGUGUGCCAACUUUGUCAUAUGGACUGUAUCACCUCAUCCUAGCACCCUUAUCUCUUCUCACUAUGCUGUUACUCUCCUUCCUAAUUCGGCGUCGAAAACUCUGCAAAUCCUGCUGCUGGGGUGUCCCAGGCCUACUCAGUCCUCUGAACCUCCUGGAGGAUUCUGGUAACAGGUGGAUACCAUGUGCUGUGUUUGGCUUUCUCUUUUCCUGUCUUUGGCGACUGCUUCUGGACCCCACUACUCUUAACUUCAUCACCGAGCUUGGGGGGCCACGACAAGACUUAUGGAAGAUCUUGGCUCUCUUCUAUUACCCUGCUCUGUGUUAUCCCCUGCUGGCAUGCCAAAGUGUACAGAGGACAGUUGGGUAUUUAUUGGGCACAUUAUUAUCCUGGCUUCAUUGUGGUGCCCUCAUCUGGCAGACUGCAGAGUGUCCACAAACACCACAGUUCUACAGAUACUACUCAUUGCUGUCAGCACUGCCCCAAAUCUUCUGCCUGAUACUGCUCAGUGCUGCCUACCCUGCCAUGGUGAUGCACAGUCUGCGCCGACGCUCCCACACUGAACAGAUGUCGGAUAAAAAUAAUUACUUACAAUAUCUCAAGAAUGUUUUAAGACGGAAAAAUUCCAAUAGCAGUAAAGAGUCUGGUGGUUUUGGGUCUCAAGUGUCACAAAUAAUCUGCUCCUAUAUCUACCCUCAAAAUACAGGCUUCCACUUGUCACUAAGAUCCAUCCUUGCAGUAACGGCAUCGAUAGUGUCUGGAUACCAGGUGGCUCUUGUGCUGCUUGUUGUGUUUCUUCCAACUGUGAUGAAAAUGCGGCAGGCCGUUGACGCAGAUUUUCUCCUCAUGUUGGCUGGCUUUGGUGUGACAGUUGAUGAAGAUAAGUCCAGAGCAGUGGCAUAUAUUGCAUAUUAUAUCUGGGCAGUAGAAGUAUGUUACACUGCUGCACUGGUGCUGGCUUGCGCUCUUACUGUGACAAUGCUCCUGAGAUCCCUUGUUAAGCACAGGUGGGCUCUUCAGUCACUGUGUUCUGGACAAGCUUCCCUUGUGUUCCUGCAGUCGUGCAGUAUCAGACCCACACCCAUGGCACUCUCCAGCUGGAUGAGCCACAUCAGCUACCAGGUGGCAGUGACCUGUUUUGGCCUGAUUAUCCAGCAUGUUCUUCUUUUCCUUUGCAAUUUGGUUGUUGCCUUCCUUAUAAUUAUUCCCAUCAUCUAUGGAAAGUUCCAGAUCAUUCUUCACAUUCUAGAGAACACAUGGCCAAUUUGGCUGCUUUUAGUCUUGGCGGCAUUACUGCAGCAUCUCUGCACUCAUUUCUUAUUCCUGGAGAGAAGCCUGGCACAAAUCGAUAACAGGAGAAGCCUCUUCCUGCUUACUUUCCUCCUGUUGCCUGUAAAUGCCCUGAGGGGAUUGCUGUUAUCCCUUUUGCGUCUCCUGGUCUCUACAAUAUUUAAUGUCACCCACUUCUGUCGCCUGGAUGUGAGUCUCCUACAGCACAGUGUGCAGGGCUGGGACCCCGCAUACCGGAAUUAUUGCCACUUUCUGAUGCUGGAAGUCAAUGAGUGUCACCCACUGGUGAGAGCAUUUUGCCUGCUGCUAGGACCCUCAAAGGAAAAACAAGCAGACUUGGAGGAGGGAAUUCAGUUGAUGCCACCAGAUGGAAAACCUCAAAAGGGAGGGCGAUCCCACCUUGCCCGCAUUCGAUGGAGUUUGGCAUAUACCCUCAUCCACAACCCAUCUCUCCUAUCCCACCGAGCAAGCAUCUGUACCAAUGGAGCAGCCACUAAGCGCCCCACGUAGCACUAGGCCUUUGCCCAGGCACUGCCCAGUAACAUAGACUACCUCUCCCUCUGUCCCCUUCCCAUAAACACCCCAGAUACACAGUGUGGAAAACCAUUGUGCUGUGAAGGGUGGGCCCUUUUAUUUUUUUUUGCAUUAUAGAAAACUAAUUUUCUCAUAAAAAAAAAAAUCAUACCUGGCUUUACUGUCAUGAUAUGCUCCCGAUGCUUCUAGUUAUUGCUUUUCUUCCCCUCUCUCAUAACUUCUCCUUCCUCUUACAAAAUAUCUGUGUUGUUUUCUAAUGUUUCUCCCAUCUGUGUAUACCUUCCUGGGUGUUUCUAUCUGCUGUCCAUUAUGACCACAUCACUGUGCACUGUUUCUCCAAGAUUCUCCAUGCUCCUUCAGCCUUGUUAGGGCACUACAAUUCCUUACUUUUCUUAAGCCUCUUUUAAAUUUCAAAUCAUUGUGAAUUUUUUCAUGUGAAGCUUUCAGGUUACAAAGUAUAGCAUGUAGCAUGACAUUACAUCACUGAUUACCAUUAAUCAAUGGUAAUCACUGAGUACCUUGUUAUCUUAUUUUUAGUGCCAAAUAUGUGCCAACAAGUGCACCAUUAAUACUGUUAUCCAACAAUACAAGAGUGUACCUGAUGAACAAUACAUUUGUUUUACCCCUGAGUUUUCAUUAUUGGCCACUAGCACUAGUAGAAACUUCUGCCCUUCCUCCUGUAACCACCCCAACACCUCUGCAUGGGUAAAAGAUAUUGAGAUUUCCUUUGGUGCCCCUGAUGUGUGGUUGGAUACACGGCAUAGGUAGAUCAUGUCCUGUUUAUUAUAAUGGAUUGAAAUGGUCCCAUUUGCAAAUAAGUUAUUAGCAGUCUCAGCCUUCUUAUAGUCAUUUAACCUUUGGAAAUUUGUGUUUACUAUCAAUUUAGAAAUUCCAGCCUCCUUGCAAAGCAAGUUGAUCUUGCCCAUAAAGGGUUCAUCACCUUGAAUUGCUGAUGGUAUUUUACAAUGAGCACCAGGCACAUGGUCUAAAGAGACACCCCUAAACUCUUUAGGAGCAGAACAAGCAAUCUCUUUUCUUCUAUCAAUGGUAAGUUUGUUUUUUUCCAGCCAGUCUUUCAGCCACAUUAGUUGACAUGAGCAGUUGAAUGGGUUGCUGUGAAGCUGAAUAUGAGACAGAGCAGAUAAAGGUUGUAAAGUACCCUCUGCUAUUGUUGAAAAAUGGUUGUUGCUAAGCUGGAGAGACCUCAGCUCUUUAGUGUUGCUGAAAGUGCUUAAUGGAAGGUUUACCAAUUGAUUAUUAUUGAGAAUAAGGAUCUGAAGCUUAUGGAGGGUGGAGAGGUCACUCCAGGGAAAGUCCAGGAGAUGGUUAUGGCUGAUGUCCAGAUUCAUCAGUUGCGUCAGAUUCCAAAAUGUGCCAAGGGCUAUUGUGACUAUUUGGUUAUUGGCCAGCCAAAGAGAGGUGAUGCCCAAGGUUUUGGCAAAGGAAGUAGUGUUAAGAGCUGAGAUGUGGUUGACAGAUAAGCUGAGCUGUGUAAGGUUGGAAGGCAGGUCUGUUGGUACAAACUUCAGCUCCUGGUAAGAGCAAUCUGCAGAAGGACGUGAAGUAGUUGACACACACCGGCACCUUGCAGGGCAAGAACUUGUUGGUGCAUGACAGACGCACCACACUAUGACCAAAAACACUCGUGAGAGCCCCAUUUUCUAGAUGGACCUGAAAUAGAUGGUUGUACAACAGAGUUGACAGAGUAGCAUAGAAAUAUACAUUUUUUAAAGUCCAGUAACCACAAAGCCUUUAUUUCUAUGCACCGUUUCAUUGGAUAGUGGAAUAAAUAAAAGUUUAAAUCGUUUAGACUCCCUAGCCCUGGGAAGAUGAACACUAUUGCAAACAUAUGGAGAAAUGUAUAUCUUAUAGGGCUCCUUUCUUAUAUGGUCAUUUCUCCCUAUUUUACACCCCAGUCACUGGGGAAUGUUUAAGUUUUAAUGACAAAGCUUACCAUAGCAGAGCCACACCUAGGAACGGUGCAAUGAAUAGUGGCAAUGCACCAAACUGAACAUGGCCUAAACUAAAGUACAAAAUGUGUAAAAUGUCUGUGAGUAAACAGUCUGUCGGCAUCACAUGGAAAAUAUUUGUCCCCCUAACACAGACUGUGGUUAAUUGCUGGCUGUUUAAACUGAUUAUUUGUGUUCCCCUGACAUAAGUUGUUAUUUUAUGCAUGAGUUACGCAGCUUCAAAUCCUGCAUAAAUAAUACAGAUUAAAGUAAGGGACCAAUCUCAUGGGCCCCAAACACUUCAAUUUACUCCAGUCAUGCUAGAAUUCAAUUUUAGCCAAACAGCACAGAAUUGACUGAUAUUGAUUCAUUUUGUGUUUGUGUAUGGGGAGGGGUCACUUCUGAAUCCAGUGUUGCUCUCUUAUCUAUAACAGGAAAUUAAGCCAUAACCCACAUUGUUUGGCUCAAAUCAAUUACAGAUUUGCAAGAGAUGCAGAGGGUCAUACUUACAUGCAGUGUUAAAUAUGUGCAGUCUAGUAUUAAACUUUUCAUAUCUUAACUAAAACCUUAACAGCUGAGCAUGUGACGUGUUGUUAUUCCUUGGUCCCCCAGGCAGAGAUGCUCCUGUCAUUUUCACUGUAGGAACCCACAAGGAUUUGAACUCUGUGUGCGGGGUUUUAAUACAGCAUUUGGCUUCCAAUAAGUUACAGUGUUGUGUUUAUCUUCUAAGGAAAGUGUUAUUGAGCUCCUCCAGACAACAAGUGUCCCCUUAUUUCACCAUUUAAGUGUUUAACUUAAUCCUAUUGGUUUUUCUUUCUGUUGCACAUGGCAAGAAGCCCCUUUCCCUUUCUCAGCUGUUUGCCUGUGCAUAUUAGGGUUUGUGCAAGCCCUGUUCUCACGCACUUUACUUAUAUGAGACAGCCAAAUCCUCUGUGUUUGGAAAGAGAAAUGAAAACUCCCUUCGACCAGUGCAGGACUUUUCUCUGACCUGCUCUUCCCAUCCGUCUCUCUGCAUAAUAUUUCCUUUCCCUGCAUUCCUGCUCCUCUACCCCUAUCCUUCUGUAACUCUUUCCACACCACCCUUUUCUUUCCCUUUUCUCCUUUCUUCUUUUGAUUAACCUGGCAUUUCUAGCUCCCAUUAUUAUUCAGUUUUGCCUCCCACCCUAAUUCUCUUACCUUAAUAGUCUCUCGUCUCCAGCACGAGAAUAGAAAACGCAAACAAGCUCCUGCUCCUCCCCUUCCUCCUCACUGGCUGGGAAGAACCCAAAAAAUAACAUCAUAACAAGCCAAGUUCUAAUCUCUCAUCUGGAAUCCUUCUCUGCCUUUUAUCAUCGUUUCCUCAUUUAUUUUUAGUACUGAUUUCACCAGUUAACCCAAUAGGUAAAUGGAGAAAAUGAAAAAUUAAUUAAAAUAAUCUCCAGAACUGUACAGAAUGUAGGCCCAAGUUUAUUCUAUUAAAGGGAUAUCGACAUGAAAUAAAA